CCCAUUUUCUUUGUUUUCUUUUUCUUCAAUGUUGAUUCUUUCUAUUUGUUGAUAAUAAUCGAAAAAAUCCAAUAAAUGCUAAGCAUGCAAAAGAAGCCCUAUUGGCAAUAAGUUUUACAUGAAAUUCCACAAGAUUCAUGUUAUAAAAUAGUUUGCUUUCCAUAAUGGAAAACUCUGAUAAGAGCAAAGUAGACAAAUCCAUUGAUAAAAAUGGUAAAAACAUAGGAAUCAUAAGCCGACCAAAUGCGUCACCUGGUUACUGGCUCAGUUGCCUUGUUCCAUUGGCAUUUCUUGUCACGAACAACCGGAUGCAGACAUGUUCCAAGGAAGAUGAUAAUUUGUUCCUUAUAUUCACCAUCGUGUCUAUGGGCAUGCUGAUGCAAUCUUUGGCUUUCUUUGCUUGUUUGGCAGUUGCUCCUGGGCGAUAUUUGAAAUUGUUCUUUGCUUUAAUGCCUGGUACAUUAACGCACUUUCAGCUACAGUAUUGGACGCAACAGACGUAUGGAGUAUGCCUCGCUCUUGGAUUUGGAGCUACGCUUGGCUAUCAGUAUGUGUAUGUUAGAGUGCUGAGAGGAUUUCCAAAAAGUUGUACCCUCGGUGAGGCGUGCAUAUUAGUUCAGGGUGUAGUUUUGUUCCUCAUCAAUGGAUUCUUUAGGAUUCCAAUGUUUUACAAAUCACCUCCGAUCGAAGAGUUUGGCAAAGUUAGUGCCAUUAUGACGGGUGCCCUAUUCUGCUUGCUUGUGGUAUCGUGGCUUCUAGCAACAUUUAAAGUGUUCAGAAGCCUUAUUCUCUUCUACCUUUCAAUGAUUUUAUUAGUAUUGGCUGUGUGUGUGAUGCCGGUUACAAAAGUCUUGCCCAUAAUAACCGUUUUCCAGUUUAUAUAUUCCGAUCUAAGAAGGGUAUACAUUGUUAUAUUCUACAUGACCAUGACUAUAGCAACAAUUCUAGCAGUCAAAUGGCAAAUGGGCAAUUCCGAACAAGCAUCGACAAGAGUUCGAAAGAUAUUCCAUGUUCUUAUUGUGUUAGUGUAUAUUCCAGGAUUAAUAUUCCAAUGUACAUUCCUUUAUCUUGCAACUGGAGUUGCACUAGCUGUCUUUUCCGUACUCGAUAUGAUACGAAUGCUGAAAAUUCCUCCUUUAGCAAGUGUUCUGGAAGAUGCAUUUGCCACUUUACACGAUGAAAAAGAUGCCGGCAAUAUAGCUUUGACUCCAUUUUGUCUUCUGAUUGGCUGCUCCUUGCCACUUUGGAUAAAUCCGUGUCCUUGUUCUGAAACAGACAGUGCGUCAGGAGUGAACUUAAUUGCGAUGUUAGCUGGAAUAUUAUCAGUUGGUAUCGGGGAUACCGCAGCGAGUGUGUUUGGUUCUAAAUUUGGAAAACACAAAUGGAGUGAAUCUAAUCGGUCUAUAGAAGGAAGCUUGGCUUUUGUUCUAUCCCAGUCAAUUAUAAUAGUACCGCUCUAUUUGUUUAACCUAGCUCCAGUCGAUGGCUUAAGUGUGAUUUCAACUCUAUCAGCAAUAGUGAUAACAGCUGGAGUUGAGGCCUUAACUGAUCAAAUUGAUAACUUAGUCUUACCAUUGGUAUUUUAUAUUGUUGUCAAUAUAAGAUAACAUAAAAAAAUAUAUUUACAUAAAUUAAA